GUUGAUAACUAUAUUUUAACUGUUGAUAACUAUAUAUUAACUGUUGAUAACUAUAUUUUGACUGUUGAUAACUAUAUAUUAACUGUUGAUAACUAUAUUUUAACUGUUGAUAACUAUAUAUUAACUGUUGAUAACUAUAUUUUAACUGUUGAUAACUAUAUUUUAACUGUUGAUAACUAUAUAUUAACUGUUGAUAACUAUAUUUUGACUGUUGAUAACUAUAUAUUAACUGUUGAUAACUAUAUUUUAACUGUUGAUAACUAUAUAUUAACUGUUGAUAACUAUAUUUUAACUGUUGAUAACUAUAUUUUAACUGUUGAUAACUAUAUAUUAACUGUUGAUAACUAUAUUUUAACUGUUGAU